AUGCGUGGAUGCCGUCAUUCUGGCGUGCGAAUCAUCAUUCCACCCCGAAAAGCUAGUCAACCAAUUCGGGUCACGUGCCGUUAUCUCAGAAAGGACAAGUUAGCCCAUCCACCGCCUCUCAGUGAAGGCGAAGAACUUGCGUCGAGAAUCCUCGAAAUGGCACCAGCUGGCGCCAAAUUCCUGGGACCAGUCAUCUUGGAGGUGCCACAUUUCGCAUCUCUCCGAGAUCGCGAACGUGAAAUAGUCAUCCUACGUUCUGAUGACGGCCAACACUGGAAGGAGCACCAGCUUGAAGCGACCGAGGACGCAGUACAGGAGGUGCUAAACGAGUCGUUUGAUGCGGAAGAAUUGGCUCAGCUUGAUGAUCUCCAUACACCAAGAAUCACCCGUAUACUCACUAAUGAUUUCCCUAUGUACUUUGCUGUUGUGACACGAGUUCGGCAGGAGGUUCACUGUGUCGGACCAGAAGGAGGUGUGAUCAUGUCAUCGGUGGUGCCUCGAGUACAGGCAAUCUUCCCAGAUGGAUCGUUAACGAAAACGAUCAAAGUGUCUGUACAAGCCCAACCCGUCCCACAAGAUAUGGUCACUCGACUUCAUGGCAACCGUGUGGCUGUUUCACCAAUUGUGACUGUCGAACCACGUCGUAGGAAAUUCCACAAACCGAUCACCCUCUGCAUUCCACUCCCACAAAGCAGCAACAAGGGAAUGUUAACACAAUAUUCUGGACAACCUGGUCAAGAGCCACCAACCCUACGGCUGCUAUGCUCAAUCACUGGAGGUUCGGCUCCUGCCCAAUGGGAGGACAUCACUGGCACAACACAGCUCACAUUUACCGGAGAUGAGGUCUCAUUCACGACGACGGUUUCUGCUCGUUUCUGGCUGAUGGACUGUCAGACUCCUCGAGAUGCUGCCCGAAUGGCCCAAGAGGUCUAUAACGAGGCCAUCUGCAUUCCCUACAUGGCCAAAUUUGCUGUGUUCGCGAGGAGAACCUUCCCUGUCGAGGGUCAACUGAGAGUGUUCUGCAUGACCGACGACAAGGAAGACAAAACCUUGGAGAAACAAGAACAUUUCAAAUUGAUAGCCAAGUCACGCGAUGUUGAGGUACUGAAAGGCAAACAUCAGUUCCUUGAAUUUGCCGGAAAUCUCGUACCAGUUACGAAGAGUGGUGAUCAACUGAGUCUGUACUUCUUGCCAUUCCAAGAGAAUCGUCUUGCGUUCAUGGUUAAGAUCCGUUCCGAAUCGCUACCUCCUCAACAGCCAAUCUGUACUCUUGCCAUUUCAUUACCAGAAUACACGGGUGAAGCCCCGAAAAUUACUGUGAAGAGGGAUACAACACCAUUUGAAGUGAAAUACCGUGGCGUACUGGAUCAAGCAAUUGCCCGAUUAUUGUACACAAACAAUGUCAUAUUAAAAAUGCCCGUUGGCGCUGACUGGCAACGAUUAGCACGCGCCCUCGAACUUCCACAUAGAGAUAUACAGUAUAUUCGUCAGCAUUAUCCGGGCAAGGAAAUUACGAACGUGCUUAAGAUAUGGAUCUAUUUGAAGAAAGAAGAAGCCAGCCCUGAGCGCCUAGAUAAUGCGUUACGUCGUAUUGGACGUGAUGAUAUUGUCCGCAGUAUCGCACACGGCGAACCAGACUCACUCAGCUAUGGAAACGGAAGCGACUCACCGGCCAGCAAACGAUUCGAUCCACCAAAAUAUGUUGAUUUGCCGCCUACUGUCAUCCAAAGGACAUUUGAAGCGCCAGCAGCUGUUAGCCGUCAUGCAAUUCAACACGAGGAAGCCAUGAUAGAGCAUCCAUCCAAAGAGGUCAGUAUGUUGUUUCAGUGUCUAAGAAGAUAA